CUGACUAAGCCCUUGCUGGGUCCACCCCACCUUCGGCACCAGCAACAUCCACACGACGUCCAUCAUCAAUGCUUCAUGCGUUCUUGUGACUUUGACACGCCUAGGGCGAGCGCAAUCUCUUUGCCCUCCAUGGAGGCGACACACGGUCAGAUCGCAGAGGGGAGCGCUGGGAACUAUGUAUUACGACCCGCUGAAGAAGAUAAUUUGCUUUCAAGCUAUUCUGGGUGGACUCCGAUUAAUCGCUCCGUAACGUGUCUUACGCCGUCACAGUCCCAGUCAAUCGCACAUAAUGCACAGCAAACUCUUACUCCUGCUGUGCCAGUCACACCGCCUGCCUCGUCGUCUCGAGUAAGCGGGCGCGGACGGAAGAGGAAUCUCGAUGCAAGCCCCAUAAACCACGAUCAAGUCGCCAAGAAGAAACCUGCGAAACGUUCAUCUACAGACAAGAAGCGACCCAAGAAGUCCGCUGCUACUAACAGGACUGUCGAUUAUGCACAUGCAGUGGAACCCGCACGUUCAGCUGAUCAGUAUUCUGUGCCUCCGAAGAUCCAGCCUGACGCGCUUCUCGAUGCAGAACCCAACAUGACUCCACGCCUCCGAUGUAAUGCGCUUGCAACACCUAACGCAACUGCAAAAGCUGGAAAGCAAGCGAGGCAGCCUUCCAUGGCCGGAAGGACUGAUCAUGCUACUCACCUAGACCGCGAAGACAGCAAAUCAGAUACCAUAGACUACUGCGCAGAAUAUGACGAGAUUUUCAGUUCACUUCUUGAUGAUGCCGCGCAUUCUACUGCCGUCUUUUCCAACUUCCAAGCCAGCUUACAUGACAUGCAACAUUGGUCGAGCCUUUCAUCCAACGAGCCUGCAAACGCAAAACUGCAAGAAUCUAACCUCAAAAGCACUUCUGAGGUCACUGCCUCUUCCGCGGCGGUUGCAUUCGACUGUUUGGUGGAGGCAACUAAUGUUCAAGGCCAAGCUGCGAUGUUGCACAAAUUCAAGUCGCCUGUGACGCCCAAACCCCAACAGCUCAUGGAUACAACGGCUAGCCCAGAGCCUGACCGUAAACCUAUCGUCAGAUCACCGUUUCCCUCUCCGGUACUCAACCGAUCACCUGUUGUUGGGCUGUCGCCCGGCUUACUCCUCAGAACCUGCUUUCGGAUCGGUGAAGCAAUCAACCAAGCUUGCCACGCGGCCAAGAACAAACAGAAAGUUGUCUUCGAGCUCUAUGCUAGGAUUGUGAGCUCUCAACGUGACAAUGACAAGCAAGAAUUCGUUUUCUGCGAUUUGUUCCAUGAGAAGCUGCCGCACCUCCGGGGCACUUACAGUGCAGCCAUCUGGAAGCAUGUGGAUCUGUAUGAGUACGACAGCAGACGACUCUUGACGGAAAAGAGAAUGUGCCGUUGCAUGGGAGAGAUCAAACGUGAUGGAAAAGAGUGGGUCAUGAUUGUCUUCAAUAUCUGGCAGGCGACAUGGGAGGAUGUAGAGUGGGUGGAAGGCAUCGUCAAUGCCUGA